AUGUCGCUGUUUGCCCGCAGCGGCUUGCGUCCCGCUCCUCCUUUCUCCCCCCUCAGCAGCGCCCCCUCGGUUCGGGUCGGCUCGACUCAACCCCACCUUUUGGAUUGCAGCUCGAGCAGACGCGCAGCAAGCACAGUGCAGAGCGGAGACGCCGCUCAGAGCUCUUUUCGCUUUUUACCACCGAAGCGCCAAAAUUGCAGCCGAACGAUGACAUUGAUCCACGCGGGCUACAAGUACAACAUCAUCUGACAACCUGCGCCCCGCACAGCUCCUCUUCUCCGCUCCUUGUGUCCCACUCCAACGCUCCUGCGCCCCCGCCUCCACCCACCGGUCCUCUCGUCCAGCAGGACCAUGAUGCUGAGCAGCUCGGUGGAGGUGCCCAGCCCGGGCGCUUUGAGCAGUCUCAGCGGGCUGAGCGAAGCGGCUCGCAACGUGGUGCGCUCCUCCAGCAUCUCGGGGGCCAUGUACAACCUGGAGAAGAGUCCCGGAGGCGGGGUGCCCGAGUCGGCGUCGCUGGCCGGCAUCAAGAAGCGGCGCUCCAGUCUGGGGGCCAAGAUGGUGGCUAUUGUGGGCUUGUCGCAGUGGAGCAAGAGCACACAGCAGCUCAACCAGCACGACGGCGGAACCAAGAAGCUUCGCAGCACCAUCCGACGGAGCACGGAGACCGGCAUCGCUGUGGAGAUGAGGAACCGGGUGACGCGACAGGGAAGCAAGGACUCCACCGACGGCAGCACCAACUCAAACAGCUCCGACGGAACGUUCAUCUUCCCUACCACGCGCCUCGGGCCCGAGAGCCAGUUCAGCGACUUCCUGGACGGCUUAGGCCCCGCUCAGAUCGUUGGGCGGCAAACAUUAGCGACGCCUCCGAUGGGGGACGUCCAUGUUGGUAUGGUGGACAGAGGAGGUCAGCUGGAGGUGGAGGUCAACCAGGCCAGAGGCUUGAUCCCCAAACCGGGCUCCAAGAAUAUCCCAGCAACCUACGUGAAGGUGUACGUCCUUGAGAACGGAGUGUGCUUGGCCAAGAAGAAAACCAAAGUCGUGAAGAAGAAUCUUGACCCCAGCUACCAGCAGCCGCUGCUGUUUGAUGAGAGUCCUCAGGGAAAAGUCCUCCAGGUAAUCGUGUGGGGGGAUUACGGGCGGAUGGACCACAAGUGCUUCAUGGGAAUGGCCCAGAUCCUGUUGGAGGAUUUGGACCUGUCGGCGACCGUCGGCGGCUGGUACAAGCUGUUCCCUACCUCCUCUCUGGCAGACCCCAGCAUCGGACCCCUGGCCCGACGCCUCUCGCAGUCCUCCCUGGAGAGCGCCACCAGCCCCUCGUGCACCUAACAAGGCUGAGUCAUGCAAACCCUCGUACUGUACAUACCACUCAAGACUGUAUCUUCAAGUGCAAAAACCUGAUACCCCCUCUGUACGUGCACGUUAUCACCGAGCAAUUUUGUAAGUCGGAGUGGGGGCCAGGGGGGGUGUAGACCCUCGUAAAUUCCACAUUUUACCUGAAGACGUAGCAUUUUUCCUCCUCCGUGUUCCAACAUUCCCAACCAUGACGCAUUGGGUUCACAGAGUGCCAUACAUAACCUGCAUUUGCAGGUUCCACGAGACCAUCCCAGGGCCAUGCAGAUGACGCAUUCUAAACUGUGGUUGCCAAACUUUAAAAAAAACAAAAAACAAAAAAAAAAACAACAACUAUUUUUUAAAACCAAAGCAAUUGUUUAUCGUAGUGUUAGAUGAAGUAGUCGAACAAUAUAACGUCCGGAUAUGUAGCAGAGCCAAUGAUAUUCUGUGGGCCAAACGCAUUACAGGUGCAGAUAUUCGAGAUAUUCUGAGGUAGCCGCACUCCACUUGCACAGGGCAGGGCUGAGUUUAUACCUAGAUAUGCAUCUAUACAUAUAGAGUUCUACAUUUAUUUGUGUUCACGCGUGUACGUAUCGGCCGCAGUCUGCAUGCUCGCUCGCUUGCAAUCUUUUUACAAAAAAAAAACAAAACAAAAACUUUU